CUUGACCUUUUCCCCUCUCUUCCAAACCUUCUUGGUGCUUGGUUUGUUGUUGCACUCUGGUCUCUGCCUUCACAUUCUUGGAUUCUAGCUUUUCCUUGCUGUGUGAGGCAGAUCCACAGUCUCUCCCUCCUGCUCUCCAACACAUUCCUGAGUCCUACAAUGGCUUCCAUGAAUCACCACUGGUUAGCCUUCUCACUCUCCCCGCAGGAGCUCCCUUCCUCACAGUCUCAUCAGCACCACCCGGGCGAUGAUGUCUCCACUGACUGCUUUGGCCUCUAUGCCUCGUUUGGAUUAGUGGAUGCCCUCAAUAGACCCCAUCAUCAAACCCAAGAUUGGAACUCGAAGAGUUUGGACUUCGAUGGAGGCGCCUCAGAGCUGUCCAUGCUGGUUGGAUCGAACGGUAGCAGAAACAAUGCGGUGGAAGAAGAGCCCAAGCUCGAAGACUUCCUUGGCGAUGCAUGUGGGAGCCGUGGCAUGUACAUGUUCUCCGACACUUCAUCUGUGACAUCGAGCGCUCGCGAUGGAGCCCUGAUGGGCAACCCUAUCGGAGUGUCGACGAUGAAGACAUGGUUAAGGAGCCAACCCACCCCGUACCAGCAGGCCAAUAACAGCAGCAGUGACACGGCCGGGGCAACUACUGGCCAAGCCAGUGUUGUUCUGUCGAUGAGCAUGAGCACAGGCUCACAGUCGGGCUCCGCGUUGCCUCUACUGGUGACUGAGGUGAGCUGCGGAGGUGAGAGUUCCUCCUCAGACAACAAGCAGAAAGCCAUCGGAGGCAGCCUCGACUCCCAAACUGGUGCAAUAACAGCAGCUCCUCGGAGAUCUGUCGACACAUUUGGGCAGAGAUCUUCCAUCUACCGCGGUGUGACGAGGCAUAGAUGGACAGGCCGAUAUGAGGCUCAUCUAUGGGAUAAUAGCUGCCGAAGAGAAGGACAGGCACGCAAGGGUAGACAAGUCUAUUUAGGGGGCUAUGACAAAGAAGAAAGGGCUGCAAGGGCUUAUGAUUUGGCUGCUCUCAAGUAUUGGGGUCCAACCACUACAACAAAUUUCCCUAUAAACAACUAUGAGAAAGAGUUGGAGGAGAUGCAACACAUGACAAGGCAGGAAUUUAUUGCAUCUAUUAGGAGAAAGAGCAGUGGAUUCUCUAGAGGAGCCUCUAUCUAUCGUGGAGUAACCAGACAUCAUCAGCAUGGGAGAUGGCAAGCAAGGAUAGGAAGAGUAGCAGGGAACAAAGACCUCUAUUUGGGAACCUUCAGCACCCAAGAAGAGGCAGCGGAGGCGUACGACGUCGCUGCCAUAAGAUUCCGGGGGCUGAGCGCGGUCACGAACUUCGACAUGAACCGCUACGACGUGAAGAGCAUCCUCGAGAGCAACACCGUCUGCGGCACAGGCAAGCGGCUGAGGGAUGUGGCGUCCGAGCAUGCCGAGCAUGCCGGGCGGCGGACUAUCGCCUUCCAUCGACCGCAACCUCUGGAGCUGAGCGGCCUCCCGUGCAAGCAGGAGGAAGACGCCGUCGUGGCCGCCGCUCAUGGCCUUGGUGGCCUCCACCAACUCCAUCUGGGGACCGACACCCACAGCUUCUUCCAGCCAAACUCGGCGCUUCACCACCUUGCGAGCGUCGACUCUUCGUGGCUCGAACACAGCACUGGGUCGAACUCGGUCACGUACAAUGGCGUCAUGGCCGGAAGCAGUGGGAGCUAUCAGGGUAGUGAGAAGACUUUCUAUCUCUCUCAGCAGUCGCCUUCCGGUAGCGCCACUUGGACGCCAGCAGCAGCUCAAGCUAUGGCAUGGAGGUCAAACUGCAUGGCUGCGGCUGCUGGCCAUGGAACUCCUCUGUUUACAGUAUGGGAUGAUGCUUAGAUGAUUCUUCAUUCUGUGUUUUGCUUAGCUUUUUGGCAUGACAACUAUUGUGAUAGUUGGUAGCAAUGGCUUGUGAGACUUUGGAGACUUCCCACAGCUCUCACUAGCUAUUAAUUUUGGUGCAGCUCGGAAGUAUCCACCAUUAGAGAGAGGCUCUGUAAAGUUGCUGAAACGAAUGAUCUUUUUGAAAGAGCAAA